AUGCCCGUUUACUCCAUUUCCCACGUUGAAAAUGUGCGAGUUUGUGUGGUGAUGGUUGGUUUGCCUGCUAGAGGCAAAUCGCUUAUAUCUCAAAAGAUUGUGCGAUAUCUCUCGUGGUUGUCGAUCAAGUCCAGAUGUUUCAAUGUCGGCAGCUAUAGAAGAGAAAUCGCCAAGGACGCUGUGAUUGAUGCCGAGUUUUUCGACCCGCUCAACACGGAAGGGUUGCACUACCGUCAGCAGGCUAUUGAUGCUGCCAUCUUCGACAUGAUGAAGUGGUUCACCGAGGAAAACGGAGUGGUUGGCAUAUUGGACGCAACAAACUCGACCCGCAAGAGAAGAGAAAUGAUUUUGAGACUUUGUCGCGAAAACCACAUUGAGCCGUUGUUUUUGGAGAGUUGGUGCAACGACAAGGAGCUCAUAUUGCAAAAUAUUGCUGAUGUCAAGACAACUUCGCCAGACUAUAUCAAAACACCAAAUGAUAUUGCCACUCAGGAUUUCUUAAAGAGAAUUGAAUUUUACGAAACUGUUUACGAGACUAUGGAUACCGCAAAAGAUGCAAACUUGACAUUUAUCAAGUUGGUCAAUGUCAAUUCGCAAAUCGUGUUGAAUCGCAUUGAAACUUAUUUGGAGAGCAGAAUAGUAUACUACGUUAUGAACUUGCAUAUAAAGCCGCGAAGUAUAUGGUUAUCGAGGCACGGAGAGUCCGAAUUCAACUUGACUGGACAGAUUGGCGGAGAUGCAAACUUGUCUGAACGUGGCUGGAGGUAUGCAAAGAAGUUGCCCGAUUUGGUACUCAAGUCCUUGGGAGAAGAGCUUAAACAUACAAACUUGACUGUUUGGACAUCAACCUUGAAACGUACCCAGCAAACCGCUUCCUUUUUACCCUAUAAAAAGUUGCAAUGGAAAGCAUUGGAUGAACUAGACGCGGGCGAGUGUGACGGUAUGACCUAUGAAGAAAUCGAGGAAAGAUUCCCCGAUGACUUUAAGGCAAGAGAUGACGACAAGUAUGAGUACAGAUACAGGGGAGGCGAAUCCUACAGAGAUAUAGUGAUAAGGUUGGAGCCUAUAAUUAUGGAAUUGGAGAGACAAGAAAAUAUCCUCAUCAUCACCCACCAGGCUGUUUUGCGUUGUCUUUAUGCAUACUUCAUGAAUGUUCCUCAAGAGGAGAGCCCCUGGAUGUCGAUCCCUUUGCACACGCUCAUAAAGUUGGAGCCUCGCGCGUACUCCACUUUGGUGACUAGGAUCAAAGCCGAUAUUCCAGCUGUCAGCACCUACAAGGAAAAAGGCACAUCACAACUUGGAGAAGCGAAAACGGGAGAACUAAUUUUCAAGAGUCGAGACUUGAUAAACAACAGCGAAGAAGCCCUUUGA